GUCAAUAUAAUUGUAGUAUGCUGGUAUUUUUUAUAUUUUUUUUCUGUCAUAAAAUCCUAAUCGAACAUAUGUAGUUGACAAAUGGCUAAGCAGUGAACUAGCAGGCGCUGCAACAAUAACAGACAAGCAACUAAAUGUUGUAAGUUGCAAGGCUUGGAAUUUUUUUGUUAGCUUUUUUUUUUGUUUUUGAUCAAGUGGCAGUCUUCAUUGAGAUUCCGUCAGAAGAGCAACGUGCUAAACGAGUCUAUUGCAUUUUACCAUCGACGGAAUUAGUUUCACGCGCAAAAACAAAAAGUGCUGCAAUAGACAUUGCAUAUUCAGUGAAUGUGCCUCAAUUGUGGCAACGUAAACAGUAAUCUUCAAGCAUUUUGCCAGCAACUUGAAGCACGCAACAAGAAGGAACAAAUAUAAUAAUUUCCCACUGACAGUUUUGACAGUCCGGUCAGCAAAGCGGAAGGCAAGUACUUAGUAGCGGCAACUGCAUUAACACCACCAAACAAACCACAAAACAAACAAACAAACAAAUACUUUGGACAAUGAGCGUGGACACGUAUGCGCCGAGCUCGGCGCUCUCCUUCCUGGAUAUGGAUGACAAUGAGCUUUUGCGUGGCGCCGAUACGCAGCCGACACAGUAUGAUUAUCGUGACUUUACCAUGCCGUCCACAACGCAGAGCCAGACCCAGGGCGAUCAGCUGGAUUUGCAGUCGCGCCGCGUAAGCGUGCAAAAUAACGAUAUUCAUUCACGAUUGGCCUCUAUCACCAACGAUUUGGCCGACUUGCAAUUCGAAGAGGAGGACGAUGAGAACGGCGUCGGUGGCAAUUCGGCAUAUGUCAAGGAGCUGCCGCCACAUGCCUGUAAAUAUUGUGGCAUUCACGAUCCAGCCACCGUGGUCAUGUGCAACAAUUGCAAGAAGUGGUUCUGCAACGGUCGUGGCAGCACCUCUGGCUCGCACAUUAUUAAUCAUCUCGUGCGUGCCAAGCAUCGUGAGGUGACCCUGCACGGCGACGGGCCACUGGGCGAGACCAUACUGGAGUGCUAUUCGUGCGGUGUACGCAAUGUAUUUGUCUUGGGCUUCAUACCCGCCAAGGCGGAUUCGGUGGUGGUGCUGCUGUGCCGUCAGCCGUGCGCCGCUCAGAACUCGCUGAAGGACAUGAACUGGGAUCAGGAGCAGUGGAAGCCACUCAUAGCCGAUCGCUGCUUUUUGCACUGGCUAGUGAAGCAGCCCAGCGAGCAGGGACAGCUGCGGGCACGUCAAAUAUCUGCAGCACAGAUUAACAAGCUUGAGGAGCUUUGGAAAGACAAUAUUGAGGCAACAUUUCAGGAUUUGGAAAAGCCCGGCAUUGACUCGGAGCCGGCUCAUGUUCUGCUGCGCUAUGAGGAUGGCUAUCAAUACGAGAAAACCUUUGGGCCGUUGGUUCGUCUUGAAGCUGACUAUGACAAGAAGUUGAAGGAGUCUGCUACACAGGAGAAUAUCGAGGUUCGCUGGGAUGUGGGCUUGAACAAGAAGACCAUCGCUUAUUUUACGCUUGCCAAAACCGAUUCGGACAUGAAGCUCAUGCAUGGCGAUGAGCUGCGUCUACGCUACGUGGGAGAGCUAUAUAAUCCGUGGAGCGAGAUUGGUCAUGUCAUUAAGGUGCCCGAUAACUUUGGCGAUGAUGUCGGCUUGGAACUUAAGUGCUCCUCGAAUGCCCCGGUCAAGUGCACCAGUAACUUUAGUGUGGACUUCAUCUGGAAGUGCACAUCAUUCGAUCGCAUGACUCGGGCUCUACGCAACUUUGCCGUGGAUCGCAAUUCGGUGUCGAAUUACAUAUACUCUCGCCUGCUGGGCCAUGGACGCGCCGAUGGCAGUGAUGAGGUGCUAUUUCGUGGGCCACAGCCCAAGCUGUACAGUGCUCCCCACUUGCCGGACCUCAAUCGUUCACAGGUGUAUGCCGUGAAGCACGCCUUGCAACGCCCACUCAGUCUUAUCCAAGGACCGCCGGGUACGGGCAAAACGGUCACGUCGGCCACUAUCGUCUAUCAGCUGGUGAAGCAACACGGCGGCACAGUUCUUGUUUGCGCGCCCAGCAACACUGCUGUCGACCAACUGACUGAGAAGAUCCAUCGUACCAACCUGAAGGUGGUGCGCGUCUGUGCCAAGAGCCGUGAGGCCAUCGACAGUCCGGUCAGCUUUCUAGCACUUCACAAUCAAAUCCGAAACAUGGAAACCAAUUCGGAACUGAAGAAGCUGCAGCAGCUCAAAGACGAAACCGGCGAGCUGAGCUCGGCCGAUGAGAAACGCUAUCGCAGCCUGAAACGUGGCGCCGAGAACCAGCUGCUCGAGGCGGCCGAUGUCAUCUGUUGCACCUGUGUGGGUGCCGGAGAUAUGCGCCUGUCGCGCAUCAAAUUCACAUCGAUACUGAUUGACGAGUCCAUGCAGUCGACGGAGCCGGAGUGCAUGGUGCCCGUUGUGCUGGGCGCAAAGCAAUUGAUUCUAGUCGGCGAUCACUGCCAGCUGGGCCCGGUGGUAAUGUGCAAGAAGGCGGCACGCGCCGGCCUCUCCCAGAGUCUGUUCGAGCGCCUGGUGGUGCUGGGCAUACGCCCGUUCCGCUUGGAAGUACAAUAUCGCAUGCAUCCGGAGCUGUCACAGUUUCCGUCCAACUUCUUCUAUGAGGGCUCGCUGCAGAAUGGUGUCUGUGCGGAGGAUCGUCGCCUCAAACUGGACUUCCCAUGGCCGCAACCGGAGCGUCCGAUGUUCUUUUUAGUUACACAGGGCCAGGAGGAAAUCGCUGGCUCGGGCACAUCUUUUCUCAAUCGCACCGAAGCGGCUAACGUGGAGAAAAUCACAACACGCUUCCUCAAGGCGGGCAUCAAGCCCGAGCAAAUCGGAAUCAUUACGCCCUAUGAGGGACAGCGUGCCUAUUUGGUCCAGUAUAUGCAGUACCAGGGCAGCUUGCACUCGCGCCUUUACCAGGAGAUUGAGAUAGCCAGUGUGGAUGCGUUCCAGGGUCGCGAGAAGGACAUCAUCAUUAUGUCCUGCGUGCGCUCGAAUGAGCGCCAGGGCAUUGGCUUCCUCAACGAUCCACGACGCCUCAAUGUGGCCUUAACGCGUGCCAAAUACGGCAUCAUCAUCGUGGGCAAUCCCAAGGUGUUGGCCAAGCAGCAGCUUUGGAAUCAUUUGCUCAACUUCUACAAGGAUCGCAAGGUGCUAGUCGAGGGCUCAUUGAACAAUCUGAAGGAGUCGCUCAUCCACUUCCAGAAGCCCAAGAAGCUGGUGAACAACAUGAACAUCGGCGCCCAUUUCAUGUCCACCAUGAUGGCCGAUGCCAAGGAGGUGCUGGUGCCCGGCUCCAUAUACGAGCGCACCAGCGGCUACGGCCGCCAGAUGUCCGGCAACUCCAAUCAGAAUCUGAAUGGCGGACAUUAUGCUGCCAAUACGUAUGGGUCUGUUGGCGGCGCAAUUGGCGCCGCUGGUGCUGCCGGUGGCAACAUGUCGAAUGCCGCCUAUGGCGCCGGCAACGGGUCCGCUGGCGGCAACAACAACUAUGGCACUGCUGGUGGCGUCGGAGUCGGCGGCGGCUCUGGCAACGCAUCCAAUUGGCCAACUGCCCACUUGCAUGACUCGAUUGGGUACAUAUCGAAUGAUCACGGGGUUGCCGCCCUGGGCAACAUGCCUGUGCCGGUGGGCAUGUUCAUGAACAUGAGCAGCCUGCCACCGCGUUUCUACAACCACCAUCAGCAGGCGAUCAUGGCGGCCAAGCAGAAUCGCGCCAUGCAGAACCAGUCCGGUUUUGCAGCUCCUCUAGUCACUGGCAAGAAGAACAGCAAAUUGUCUAAAGGAUCGCGCAACAGCAAUGCAAACUCGAUCCACUCUGGAGCUGGUGCUGGUGGAGGCGGUACAGCGACCUUAAUGUCGACGACAACCACUAUGACAACAACAACCACAGCAAUCACGUCGGCCACAUCAUCGAUGGGAUCGACACCAUUCAGUCAACAGCCGUCGGCUCUGUCGCUGCAGAUGACACAGCCGAGCGGAUUCGCCUUGUCACAGCAGCCGGAGCUGUCGCAGGACUUUGGCCAGAUUUCGCAAAUGGAUGGACUGCUCUCACAGGAUGUCUCCUUCAAUGUGUCGGGCGAACGCAGUUUGAAUCAAUUCUCGCAACCUUACUGAGAUGCUCGAGGAGGUGCGUACAAUUGCAACAACAAAUUACAACAA